AUGAAAUUUAAAAUAAUAUUGAGCCUAACAACCAAUAAGUUAUUUUAUUUAUCUGCUAUUGCUGAUCAUAAUAGAAAUGAUAAUUCAACGAAUAGUUGGAAUACUAUCAAAAUAAUCAUCUAUUUUAUCUAAGUACUUUCAUUAUUAUCUAUUGAUAAUAUUAACAUCUAUUUUGACAAUUAUAUUUUGCUACUAGCUUAAUUCAUAACAUUUCAGCAAAUUUAUAAUUCAUAUUAUCAAUUACUUGUUCUAAUUGCAAUUUUAAUCAUUCACAUAAUCAUUCUGUUAAUGAUCUCAUUAUUACUCUAUAUUGUAACAUAUUAAUAUUUAUAGGAAGAAAAAUGAAAUUAUCGUUAAAUCCCUCUAAUUUUACUUCACUAAUUAUGAUUGGCUUUUUUUGAUACCUUCAUAAAUACUAUGCUUUAUCCAUUACAAUUUUUUAAUUACUGUAUUAAGCAUUUUAGUAUUAUUUUUAAGUGUUUUUCAAUAUCUUAUAAGCAUUUAUAUUUUUCGUAAUUCAGGCUUUUAAACCUAAAAUGGGAGAUCUAAAUAUAUAAAAAUUGAUUUCAUUUACUUAUUUAUUUUUGAAGCUUUAAUAUUUUUAAGAGCUGCAAAUUUAUAAACAUUAUCCAUAAUCAAAUUAUUUUUGGUGAUUGCAAUUAUUCUUAUUAAAUUAUUCGAGGUCUUAACAAUACAAAAAUUUAGUAAUAAAUCUGUAUAAAAUUUUUAUCAGAUAUUCAUCAUUAUCACAUUUUUAUGUAUUGUUUAAGAAAUUUUAAUUCAUGUUUUCAAUUUUAAAUCAGAUCCUUAUUUAUAUACAAUUUUACUGCUUUUUCCAGUAUUAUAUGAUUCUAUAUUUUAGUUAAUGAAUUUUUUUUAUGUAGUAGAUAAAUUCCAUAAGAAUGAUGCAGAAUACUUUUACUCAAAUGCUAUUUAAAAAUUUAAUCCCUAAUGUCAAAUUAAAGCAUACUAAUUAAUUUUCUUACAUAAGUUGCAAUGCUUAAAUGUUACUUGUCCUUGUAAAAAAGAUUUAAGACUUGAAAACAAAUAAAGGGUAAUUAAAUUUACUUCUUAAAUUUUAAAAUUAGAAUAAUAAUUUUGUUACUUAAAGUAUAUAUCCUUUUAAAUCUAAAAUAACAAUAAAGGAUUCAAAAAUUAUUUGUAGAUUAUGAAAGUUGUAAAACAAUAGAAAGAAAUUGAAUUUUAUUUUUACGAUAAAAAAAUUAUUGAAUCAUUUUUGGUAAUAGUUUGUGAAAAGACAAAGCAACUUUACAAAGAGAUUAUUCCAAACAAAUUUUCAGAAGUUGUUUAUUCUCUCUAAUGGUUUGAAUCAAACUGUGAAAAGAUUAAAGAUCAAUUAAAAAUUUUACUAAACAUAAAAUUGCAACUAUGGACAUAAUAUAUUACUGAUAAAAUUGAAUCAUAUUAAGAUAUGUUAGAUAUGUAAAUAAAAAUAUCUUUUGAAAUUAAGAAAAUUAAAAAAGAAUUACAAUAGUUCUAAUAAGAUAUUUCAGUUUUUCUAAAUCAAGAUAUAAAUUUAAUACACAAUUUAUUUUAUUAAAGAGUAUCUUAAAUUUUAGAAAUGUCUUUUUAUUCAGUUAAUUAAUAUUAAUCAAUCGAGAAGAAAAUAAAGAAAAUAAUUGAAUAUGAAUAAGGUUAAGUAGAUUUAUUGAAUUAUCAAAUGUUUGAAAAUCAAAAAGCAAUGCAACUUUUAGUAGUUAUUUCUAAGCAACAAAGGGGUAAAAUUGAUAAAAUUUCAAAUAAAUGGUUAAAUAUUGAUAAAUUCGAAAACCUAACUAAUAUUAUGCCACAAUAAUUUAUUGAAUUACACAAUUAAUUAUUAGAUAAUUACUGUAGAUUUGGACCAUCAAAAUCAUAGAUAUUUUAAUCCUUUAUAAAAUAUGGAGAGACUCCAUUAGUUUCUAAAGUAAAAAUAUGUCUCAAUAAUUAUCCAAAAUAUGAUUAGGAAUUACUCUAUUUAAUGGGAACUUUAGUAAAAGAGAACAUAGGUGAGGAUUAAGAUUAUAUGUUGAUUGGAUAAGACUUUUAAAUAUUAGGAUAUUCAGAAUAAUUAUGGUUUAAAAUAUUUUAACAUAUAAAGUUUUAAGAUGAUAUUUACGAAUUAUGUGUAUUUUAAAUAAUUCCAGAAAUAAAAUCAAUAUUAAAAGAGCAUUAUGAAAAUAUGCUAAAAUAUAAUUUUUUAUUUUAGAAUCAUGAAAAAAUAAUAAGCCAUUAAUAAAAGGCAGUUUUAUACUUAAAUAAGUUAAUGGUUGGAUCAAAAUAAAUAUUCAAUUCAAAAUCUUAUAUCUAAUUAUCUCCUUAGGAAAGAAUUGAAAAAAUUGAUUAAUUAUGUGGCAAUUAUGAUAAUUUUGAUAAAUGCGAAUUUUAAAUGAAUUUGAUGUUUAGUUUAAGUGAAAAUUUGAUUACCUUCAACACAAAAGAUAAACAAAUAAAUUAUAUAUAUUAUUGGAUAACCUUAAAUUUUCAAGAAACGAACUCAUUUAUUGAUAAAUAAUUAAAUUAAUAAUAGUCUUAUGAAAUUUAAGUCUUAGAUGAAAAUAAAAUUAAAAAGAUUGAGUAAAUUAUUAAUUUAUAUUAGAUUUAAUUAAGUAAAGAUGAAAAAAAGUGUUGCAAAAACUUCCUCUUCUAAUUAAAAAAGCAAUUAAGAGAUUUAAUCAUUUGACUAAAUAAUAAACAUUGUUAGUUAAUUAACAGCUUAUAGAUUAUUAAUUUUAUUGUCAAUAGCAUAUAUUUUUUUAGUAAUCAUUUAUUUUAUUCUACUUUAUUAAUAAAUUUAGAAGAAAGAAAUUUAAUAAACAUAAUGUUUUGAAUAUCUUGAAUAUAGUACUUCUUUUCUAGAUGGAUAUGGAAGAGCUAUGAUUGCAUCGAGACAUGUAAUAUACCUUAGAGAUUUCAAUAAGUUUCUAGCUUCAUACAAUUUAUAUUCAAUAGAUUCUACAAAAAUUAUAAAUGUGACUUCAGUAGAUAAAAUAUCCUUUUCACUUUAUAUUUAUAAAUAAUCAAUAGAAGAAUUAAUAAAAUUUUAUCAAAAAGAAACAGAUAAACUUAAGAUUUAUGAUUAAUAGAAUUAAAAAGUUGAUUUAAUAAGAAUUAAUUUUUAUAGAAAUUAAACUGAAAUAUAGACUAUUGAAUCUUUAUCUUAAUAUUAUAAAAUAAUGCUUCAAACAUUAUAUAUGGCAAUCAAAAGUUUUGCCAGGGAUCCAACAUUGUAUUUAAUUGGUACCACUGAUACAUAUGCACAGUAAUAAUUUAUAUAUUUUUUUAAAGAGUCAAUACAAGAUCAAUCUUAUAUUUUAACUUUAAAAGGGUUGCAAAUAUUACUUUAAAUUUUAUGAAAUAAUGUUAGAUUGAUGAUAGAUUAAUUAAUUAAAGUUUAGAUUUCAGUUUUAAUGCAUUGUUAAUUAUUAUUUAUUCGAUUAUUUUAUUACAAAUAGUACUCUUUAUAAUAUUAUAUUCUGCUAUAAAAAAGAAAUAGAGAUUUGUUUUAGCUAUGUUUUGUAGAACAAGUUUGAAUGAAGGAAUAGAAGAAAUUGCAUUCAUUUAAAGGCUAUUAAGUAUCAUAAAGAAUUCAAAACUAUGGUUUGGUUUAUAUGAAUGUGGAGAAGAAGAUGAAAAUAAAAUAACUAGAUAAUAUAGUGGUAGAGCUAUGAAAUCUCAUAUAUCACAUUAUUUAUCAUCUCGAGUACUUUUCAAAACUAUAAUCCCAUUACUUAUAGUAUCAUUUGGAUCAUUUCUAAUGUUGCAUAUUAAUUAUAUUGAUUAUUCAAUAAAUUUGUCUCCUAUUGUGACUGCAGCUCUUAAGACAUAAUACAUUCGUUUAUUAUUUUUGGAUACAAUAAACAACUGGGAUGUUUAUGUAAAUCAGAAAUUCUAUGAAGCUAUGAUAACAAUCUAGCCUACUGCAUCAGGUAGAUUUGUUAUUAUGAGUUAAAAUAUUAAACAUGGAUAUUAAUUAUUAAGACUUAUUAAUGUGGAUGAAGAAAAUCUAAAGAUAAAUCUAGAAGAAUUAUAAAGUGAACCAUUCUCACAUAUGAUUUAUUCAUAAACUUUAGAAGUGGAUUCAAAUAGUCUUUUAGGUAAGGAUAUUUGUUUGAUGGAAAUAUUUAAAUGUAAUAUGAAUGAUACGGUUUAUAAAGAAAGAGUUCAUUUUUAAUAAAUGUUUUAAAUUUAUGAAGUUGGAAUUAUUAAUUUAUUUAAAUAAUCUAUUUCUGUGAUGAAUUAAAAUGAUUUUUUUAAUCUUAAAGACAAUUAUCAAAUUAUCUAAGCCUUUGAAAGGUUAGAAAAAUCUUAAGAUUACUUUUUUUAUUUUCUUUGGGGAUUCGAUGCUUUCUUAUACUAAAUGAGAUUGUUUUCAGAUUUCUUUAUUGAUCUCUCUAAAAGUCAGUUGGAAAAUCUAUCCUUCAAUAUUUAUAUCCUAUUCUAUAUAUUUUCAACUUUAACUAUUUUAGCAUUAACGUCAAUUUUAUUGAUUGGAAAUAUUGCAAUUUAAUAAUAAUUUAUUCAUACCUUAGAAAUGUUAUAUCAAAUUCCUAAGCAAACAAUUAUUAAUAAAUAGUUAGGUAGACAAAUUAAACUUAUAUGA